CUUGGGUCAGAUCAGGUUAAUGAGGACUAUCUAUGCACACAGAGGGCUCCCUGGUUUUUAGAGGAAGUCCAGGUAAUGAAAGGCACAAAGGACACUUAGAACGCCACUGGGGGAAGAGUGAACCUCCCUGAACACAGGAAAGCAAGACAAGCCCUCCUAUGGAGGCUGAAGAACAAAAUCAAAGAGAAGAAGAUGGAGAUGAUACUAACAAACAGGACCUGCAAUCGGAAGGAAACAAGGAACCCUUCAUCACCAGGGUCAGCAUGAUGUUCUACCCGGGGUCAGAAAACAGAAGCGAAGACAACUUCUCUGCUGUUUCCUCAUAUUCCAAAAUCUUUAAAGAGAAGGAAUCCAGUACUCGGCUGCAGGAUUCCAAAGUGCUGGAAAACCAUCAUUCGCUGCUCCUUUUGCUGUAUCAGAAGGAUCUCGAAAUCCAAGGGCUGAAAAGUGCCAUCCAGAAGGAUCCAGCUGACCGACUAAGUUACAUUUUACAGGAACUUGUGAAGUCAAGGCAUAAAGGACUAUUGAAGAGGAGCUCUAAUGAGGAAGCCCUUCAAAAAGAAAUAGAUCAAUUGAAUGCUGACCUGAUAGCUGUUAAGGAGGAUCAUGCAAAGGAGAUAAAACUUCUGGAAGAUAAACUCACAAUAUUGAAAUUGCACAUCAGGGAUUUGCAGCAGAAAAUGAAGGCCCUAGGAGUAAAGUUAGAUGAUGAAACUGACACAGAGUCCACCCUUUCUCUGGAUGAAAGGGUAAACUUAGCAUGUGAGAGCUUUGAGCUAUGGUCAGAGGUAGGACAGAAGAUGACAGAAGACACAAGUAAUGUAAUGCUUCGGAGAAUUCCAAAACGCACCAGCUUUGUUGAUGCCUUUCAUAAGGUCAGUAACUCUUUCGGUUGGUUUGGCUCCAUGAAUAGUGAAGACAAAGAAGAAAUAAUCAGCAGGUUAAUGUCUGUUGCAGAUAACUCAACAUUAAACAUUGAUGGUAAUCCAGAAGAGAGUUCACAAGAGAGCUCAAGAACAGAGAGCAAACUUCCCUCCGAACUGUCCUCGCAAGCCAUCCUCACUUCUCUGAAGUCAGAGUUCACCUUCUCUGAGAGCAAGAUGACAGCAUCUUCUUCAACCCUGCCUUCCCUGGAGGGCAGAGUUCCUGGACAGAAACUGUCUAACCAAAGUGACAAUACCAUUUUCUCUGAAGUUUUACUGGCAAAGAUUAAUGGGUCACAUAAGGAUUGUGUUUUCACUUUCCCAAUCACAGAUUUGGUUCCCACCCUGGAUCCUUGGAAGCUCCCUCAGCUUGGUUCUUCUCCUGGACAGCUGUCAGAGGAGGAAGUAUGCCCCCACUUGGUGCACACGCCCUUUCUACAGGAAAGCAAACAAUGCCAUGAUGAUGCCAGCUGUCUGAGGAUUGUCAAUGUGCACCGUAAAGGCAAAUUUAUCAGAAUCUUCAACUGUUUAUUGAAUAAGGAGGUUGACCUAAGUGGCUACAUCAUCCAGCAGUGGGUUGGAGGGUAUCCUGUCUCUAUCUACCAUUUUCCAAAGGAUGUUAUUCUGCCUGCGCAGCACCACAUCACUGUUUGGGCUGCAGGGGCCAACCUGGCUCGUGAAUCAUCUUCAUUUUCCACCACACAGAAGUUUUUCAGAGCGGGGCCUGACUGCCUUACCACUCUUUGUGAUCGUGAUGGCCAGGUGGUGUCACAAUACAAAAGUCCCCACCAAUUUACAGCAGCAGCAGCAGCCUACAGUGAUAACGUGGACCUUUCUGUUGACAAGUUUCCCAUUCGUGAUGACAGUGAAGAAACCAAUGAAUCCUUGUACUCUAAGAUUUCAUUGACCCCAAGGAACACAAGACACUUUUCCAUAGAUUCUUCACCAAGUUUCAAAAUGUGGUGUAGCGGGUCCAUCGGAAACAAGAGCAAAACAAAUGGGGAAUUUAAGGAGAGCCCUUCUGCCAGCGAGGAAGAUUAUUUUGCUUUUCACUCAUGGAAACCUGCACCUGAGGAACCGGUACUGAGAAAGUUCAAGACAACACUUGACACAUCAAUUCCCACGGUAUCUCUGAUAGGACAAAACAGCGCUCGCUCAAAAUAUGGUUUCAACUAUAUGAUGUAUCUUCCUACUACAACUGAUUUGCAUCUAAGGAGGUACUGGAACGCUAAAUGAGAAGCAAAUAGGACUGAAGAGGAGUGUGUGGUUUCUUCAAAUACAAAGCCGGCCUCAUAAUUUUUCUGACAAGGUAUAUUUACUUUUACAACGUGCAAUUCCAGUUCUGGGGCAAGCAUUAAUAUGUGUUUAGCUACUUUGGAAGGAAAAAUCACCUUACAAAUUAUGAGACGGGUUUUAGGCAUGAGAACAGAAGAGAAGGAAAAGGACCCUGAUACACUAUGAACAGGCUCCCUCAUUGUUGAUCAACUGAAAUGGUAAUGGGUUCAGCUGAAGAAAGACCUCCCCUUGCUACAUUAAUGAGAAUUUGGCAAAUAAUUCAGGAUGUAAUGAGGGAAGGGUCAGAUUCCCCAACUGUGACUGAUGGCUUCUUCCCAGCAGCACCUUCCCAGAAAUACUUUUCCCCUAUACAUCACAUUUCCAGUAACAAAAUUUAGCAAAGCAAAAAAACAGACGAAAAUGGGAAGACUGGUUAUUGGAAGGUCAGGUAAGGCCCAGAAUGCUUCAGCACCUGUUCCCUAGAUGCUUUUUCAUAAUUAAAAUGAAAGAAGUCAACUUUUUUGUUCUUGACAAAUAGGAAUAGGCAGUUCUGUGCUUAAGCAUAAAUGGGUGAAUCCAAUGUAUGGUAAGCCAUUUUUCUCUUUCAAUCCAGUCCUAACUUUGCAAACAUAACUGAAAUUCUACAUUUCUCUAUACAUAAUGAUGUGAGCAAGUGAAUAGGAUUCCUACUUGAUAGGUUUAUCCAGUAUCUUCAUAUAAGACUGGAUACACUAAGUAUUUUGUGUGUUGGAUCCAAUUAG